GUCCACCCCCAUCCCCUCCCCUAACUUGCUCCUUUUUCCCCAAAUUCGCGUGUAAUCUCCGAACCCAUUCAUCAAAAUUAAACCCCUUUUCCUUUCUUCUUAUACUGGUAUUACUACUCCUCCUCCUCUAACAUUGCUCUUCACCCAGAAGAAAAAAGCCCAUGACUGGAAAAUCCACAAAUAAUUGGAAAUAUAGCUCAGAUUAGAGAUGGCUUUUGGUUUCUGUUGCUAAUUAUUCUUCUUCUUUCUUCUUCACUAGCUUGGACAAGGGUUUUCGAAUUGGAUCGGUUACUGGACAGCUGAAAUUAGGGUUUUGAUCAGCAAGGACAAACUCGGUGGAAGGCAGCUCGGCAAUCUGAGAUUUCAUCUCCGGAGGUUAAUCUGAAAGUUUUUGCUUGUCGGUUGGAUCGAAUAUUCAGUGGAUUUGAGCUUGGUUUUAACCCUUGUGGAAGGUUGGACUUUGCGAAUUUGGGGUGUGGAUAGGAAUGGAGGAAGACUGCAGAUACAAGUAGAAUUGCAGUGACUGAUUGGUUGAGGAAAUUUAACUGAAGAGAACUGUUGAAUUGUCGGGUGAUCCUGAGUUGAUUUUCGAGUACUUAUUUUGUAAAUUUUCGUGGUUUUGCUUGAUUGGGAAUGGUUUUGGUGUUGGGCUUUGGUAGUGAAGUGAAGGAGUUGAUGUUUGGUAAAUCUUGGCCUGAUAGACAAGUCAUAAGAUCAAAUUGUAGAGGAACUUUGUCAUUCAGCAAGCCAUUUGGAUUGACUUGAUACAAGCUGAAGUUUUUACAACACAGUAUUUUAGUUUGUUGUUCUGUAUACCCUGAUUUUAUCUUUACGAGUAUUGUGCAAAUUGUGAGCUCCACAUAUAGACUGAAAUUUUGAGAACGAUUAUGGAUAUGCAUUGCUAGCCUUUUAAGUGAAAGGUGAGAUAAGUGCGCUUGGGUUUUGGUGGAGGAGCUGGAAAUCUUACUGCAGUGUACCUGAUAAUUUUCGGACAAAAGCAUUAAAGUUUUAACGGAACUUUUGUGUAGGCGGUGGUAUCAAUUAUUGUAGCUAUACAUCUGUGGUAUUACGUGUCACGUAAUUGUAAUUUAUGUAUUGAGUUGGUUUGAGCUUUAAAGUCGAACUGAUCCUAGGAUAAGCUUCUUGACUUCGUGGCAAGUGCAUAUAACGAGGGGUGAAAGGUGUCGCUGCUGAAGGAGGGUAACGUAUUUUAGGCGGUGGAGUAAGAGAAAGGAGUUCAUGGAGGAGUUUUGAAAAUUGAGAUGAGUGUGCUGGUGUCAUGGUGCAUGGACAGUUUAUUCGCUGGUCUGUUCCCUUAUUGGAACACUGCUGUGUAAAAAUAAUUAAGUCAAUUUGUUACCUUAAAGCUUGUUUCAUUUAUUGUAGUAUUUUGUGCAAUGUCUCGCUGCUUUCCAUUUCCACCACCAGGUUAUGAAAAGAAGCCUAGACUAGAAGAUUCAAGUGUACUAAAAGAGGAGAAACAGAAAGAAAAGAGACAGAAAAAGGAGAAGAAAGAGAAAGAAAAGAGAGAAGGCAAAGAAAAAAAGGAUAAGGAGAGAAGUGAUGGCAAACACAGGGACAAAAAGGAUAAAAAAGAGAAAAACAAGGAGAGAAAGGACAAACAUAGGGAGAAAAAGAAGGAAAAGUGCAAAGACAAAGAUAAAAGCAGCACCUCAGAAACGAGCAGAGUUACUGGAAUUCCUGAGGCUAAAGGAGUGGAGAAGCUCAAUGCAGGAGAUGGAAAAAUUGAUAGAUACUCUGCAGAGGAAAAGAACCAUCCUGCUCAGUUUCAUGGCCAUAACGGAGGCAGAAGUGUUGAAAGCAACCUUGUUGCCAGUAGAGCUGAAGAAUCAGAACUUGUUCCACAAUUGGACAAGAGUAUUAGAGUUGAACAAAAAAGUAUUGGGGAUGAGUUGGUUGAGAAAUUCUCAGGUCUGGACAAAAAAAGGGAUGAUGAGGCACAUAGAUUUGCAGCCAGAAAUCCUGGAAAUUUGGCUGAAGAGAAGGGCAAAAGUAGUGAUAAACAAUUUGAUAACAAGAAGAUGGAGGGGCAAGGAACUUUUAGUGGAAACUCAGUUGUUUAUAACCUUUCAAAAACGACUGAAGGUAAAGUUGAAGGAAUCCCCAAGGUUGUGGAGAAAAAUGAUGAGAGACGGCUGGGAGAGAAGGAGAAAACAAAAGAAAGAGGAAAUGAUAAACGGGGAGACAAACAUAAGGAUAAAGACAGGGAUAAGAAAAGCCAUGGUAAGGACAAAGACAAGGAAAAAGAGAGGAAAAAGAAGAAGGAGAAGGAUACAAUUGGGCACAAAAAAAAUGACCAGGACAAAGCAGAGGAUGGUAGGAGUGGCAUUAUUGGUGUUAUUGAUAGCAGAAGCUCAUCUCUUUCCUCGGACCUCCAAAAAAAUGCUAAUGUUGAGGGAAAUCCCAAGAAAAGAAAAGAUGUUGGCAUAAAUGGUUUUCUCCAUGACACAGAAGUCAGGCCUCAUAAACUACAACGGCCCACUUCUCACCAAGUGGUAGAGAAUGGUAGGAAGUUGGAAGCUUGCCAAAUUCAGAGCUUGCUUACUUCUGACAGGCAGCCAAAUGCUGCAAUACUUAAGGUGGAUGAGAAGGAAGGCAGGAAAAAUGGUAUUAUAGAGUCCCUACCAUUGCCUGCAAAACCAAAAUCUUCUGCUGCUGCUGCUGAUGUAGAUGAAAUUACUGCAGUAUUAAGAAAACCUCCCCAUCCUGAUUCAAAGUAUCUGAGCAAGGUACUUUCAGUCCCCAAGAUGGACGAAUGGUCUGAAUUUGAUGACCAGGAGUGGUUGUUUGCUAGCCAAGCUCCUAGGAACCCCAAGAAGGGUGGUAGUGCUGUUGGAGAAGAGCUGCAGGUCUGGUCCAAGGCUCUGCACAUAGAAUCAGCUGAUGCAGUUGCGUUGCCAUAUGUAAUUCCUUACUAAUUGGGAUUCAUUGGGAAGCAAUUUGUGGCGGCAAAAUUGUUAAAAGGCAGCCCGUUGAUUGUAUAGCAGUGCCUCUUGAGACGAAUACUAUGGUUUUUAGCUGCAUUCUUCUCCUAUGGGGCCACCGAGAUGCAGUUUGGGUUGCAGGUUCUAAUUGCUCUGUAAUCAUUGCAAGAGAAAGGGAUCAACUGAAUAAUGUUGCUUCCAGAGCGCUCACUCGGCAUGUCAUCCUGGUGCUUGGCAUUAGGGGUAUUCGAGACAUACUGUUUUAUUAACUCAAAAGGGUUCCAGUGGGGUAUUGAGGCCGCCUCCUGAAACCGGAGGGGGAUUUUAUGCCAAUGCACAAGCAUCUGCAGUUUUCUUUUCCUUCAUGUGCUCUUUCUAGGUGAGCACAAGUCAUCUAGCUGUGCUCUUGAGAAAUCCACCACAAUUUUGAUUUGUAACAUAGAAACUCUAUUUACUAGAACUGUAAGAUACAGGAAAUAGAAAAAGGUAGUUUCAUUCAUUUGAUUUAACUUAGAUGUAAGUGUUGUCCAUAAUAACCCAUCUGUUUUUUUCAUUUGUCUAUCAUCAGGUGUAUCAACCCGUCUAAUUUAGUGUUAACUGAAUUGAGGCAUCAAAAGUUUCACUUCCCA